AUGGUGAAUUUCAAACAAUAUUAUCAUCAGAAAAUAUGUGUGAUUGUUGUGGAUUAUUUGGCACCAUUUUAGAUGAUGGGACUUAUUUAAUAACAUAUGAGAGUCAUAGCAGUGAAAUAAAUAUCUGAAAAUAUCAAGAAAAAAAAAUUGAUUGCAACAAUAUAAAUUGUUAUUUUUAACUAUGAUUAUUUAUUUUUCAUUAAUUCAAAGUUUUAAGUGCAUCAAAAUUAAUUAAGAUUCAACUAUAAAUUACCUUUUUUCUAUCCAAUUAAUACAAAAAAAUACAAUAACCACGCAACAGCCAUUUAUUUAGAUAUUCUAAAUUAAUAGAAGAUCAAAUUCUAUUUAUAACUUAUAUCUUGA